AUGCAAUCAGCUCAGUCUAGCUCUGGCGAAUCCUCAGGUGAAGAGGAGCUUGAUGAUGUUGCCAUUCUCGCCGCUGCUGUCAGUGCCCUAGGGAGUGAAGAGGCUCGUCUUGAACGCGCCGAAAAGCGACAACCCAGCCGUCGCUACCUCCGUCGUCCUCAAUUGUUGCCAAAUCCCCGAUGCGACACACCUUGGCAGGUGCUUUACGACAGCCAGGAUGACCGUGCAUUCAUUACGACCAUGGGCAUCGACUGCGGCACGUUCGAAUACAUUCUGGAGAGCGGUUUCCGCGCACAAUGGGAAUCGGAGGCGAUCCCGCGUCCAGACGCCGACCCUACCGGUGCACCUCGCCUUGGACGCCGUUCUCUCACAGCAGAGGGAGCCCUUGGUCUGAUCUAUCACUACCUCACAUCUGCCAUGCCCGACACUGCUCUACAACAAAUCUUCGCCCUUGUCCCCUCGACUGUCUCCCGCUACCGGGCAUUUGCCAUGACUAUCCUAUGCAACACCCUGCGGAAAAUCCCGGAGGCUGCGAUCGAGUGGUGGGCUACAGAGGAAGAGUGCCGGCAGGACAGCGAUCUCAUCUGCGCUCGUCACCCCCUCCUCCAGGACGCCAUUGGGUCCAUUGACGGGCUCAACCUGUUGACGGCGUCCUCUGAUGACACCGACAUCGAGAAUGCGACAUACAACGGGUGGCUACACGGUCACUUUACAAGCUGUGUGUUCACCUUCUCCCCUCAAGGUCUUAUCAAAGCGGCAGUUCUCAAUGCACCAGGAAGCUGGCACGAUGCCAAGAUCGCGCGGCCGAUUUACGACAAGCUCCGUGACCGGACACCACCAGGGUAUUACCUCGUUGCGGACACCGCCUUUCCCCGUGGAACCAACUCUAUUGCUGGGCGCAUACAAGCACCGCUCAAAGCUGGCCAAACCGUUCCGGCCAACUUGCAAGAACAAGAGGCCGUUCUCGCUCGCAACCGGCAGCUUCUCUCCUUUCGGCAGACAGCAGAGUGGGGGAUGCGUCAGCUACGCGCUGGGUUUGGUCGUCUCCGCUUACCGCUUGACAUCAACGAUCCGGAGGGCCGCUUGGAGCUCCUGGAGGUCUGUGCGCGCUCGUGUAAUGUGCGUGCAGUGCGAGUGGGGAUAAACGAGAUUCGCACAGUGUAUAUGCGUUACUGGCAGGAAGCGGAGGACAAUGAUAUCUGGACGGACUUUGACAAUGUAAUCUUCGGAGAGCUACAGCGUAGGGAUCGUGUGGCGCGUUUUCACCUUGUUGUUGUUGAUGCAUAG